UUUAAUGGCGAGUGAUAAGUCCAUUACAUCAUUACAUGACAUCGAGAUUAAUGUUUCAUAAGUAUCUAGCUAGGUUGUUUAUCAACAUUGAAUCAGAUGGAAAAGAGCAAAAUUUUGAUCAUUGGUGCUACCGGAAGUCUUGGCUACCAUUUAGCAGAAUCAAGUCUCAAAUUUUGUCACCCAACAUUUGCUCUUAUAAGAGAUUCUUCUUUUUCCGACCCAACCAAAUCCCAUAAACUUCAAUGCCUUUCCGAUGCUGGAGUUACCCUUCUCAAAGCAUGUUUUUCUUCUUCUCUCUCAUGUAAAUUUUGUUUGAGCCUUAUCUCAUUCUUGCGGUUGACAUUUUAUCGACAGGGUUCUCUCCAAGAUGAAGCUAGCCUAGUUGAAGCUGUGAAGCUAGUAGAUGUCGUAAUUUGCGCUGUUUCAGCUAAACAGACUUUGCAGCAGAAACUCCUCAUUAGGGUUAUCAAACAACUUGGUUCAAUCAAGAGGUUUAUUCCAUCUGAGUUUGGCUCAGAUCCUACCAAGGCUAAAGUAUGCGAACUCCAAGAUGGCUAUAACUUCUAUGCACCCAAAAUUGAGAUUAGAAAACUUGUGGAAUCUGAAGGGAUUCCAUAUACUUUCAUAUCCUGCAAUUUCUUUAUGAAAGUUUUGCUUCCUUCUCUUGUUCAACCUGGCUUAAAAGAUCCUCCAAGGGACAAAGUCACCAUAUUCGGUGAUGGCGAAACAAAAGGCGUGUUUAUGCAGGAAAGUGAUGUUGCGGCCUUUACUAUCAACGCAGUCGACGAUCCCCGCACGUUGAAUAAAGUUUUGUACUUGAGACCUACUGGAAAUGUUUGUUCUUUGAAUGAGCUGGUUGAGUUAUGGGAAACUAAAAUCGGGAAGAAGCUCCAGAGGUCGCGUGUCUCGGAAGAAGAUCUGCUCCAGAAAAUCCAAGCAACAACUUUUCCUGAAAACUUCGAACUGCUUUUUAUAUAUUCUGCUUUCAUAAAGGGAGAUCAUACGUAUUUUGAAAUUGAGCCAUCCUCUGGUGUGAACGGUACUGAACUAUAUCCACAGCUGAGAUAUACCACAAUCAGUGAAUUUUUAGACACACUUAUGUAGACUUUGUUUGUUUACAGAUGUUUGGAAAAUGAACACAUAUUAGCAUUGAAAAUUCCAGUUUUCAAAUGUUACAUGUUUAUGUUGAUCUUUGUACUUGGGAGCACAGCUUAAGAAUGUGUAAACUUGUUUUUGAACAAAUUAACAAUGCUAGUUCUUUGGCAAGGAGUGGUUGAUACAAAAUUCAGCAAUAAAGUUACAUUACAUUACAGGGA